CGUUGCAGGAGGGGGUGAUGAUGAUCUGCGUGUGAAGCGGCGCUCAGGAACCUCACGCGCAUGAUUUCAUGUACACAUGCUCAGGCAUAAGGCUUUGUCCCAAAGAUGAAGUACAUCUUGGUCACUGGUGGUGUUAUAUCGGGAAUUGGUAAAGGCAUUAUUGCCAGCAGUGUGGGAACAAUCCUCAAAUCCUGCGGCCUCCACGUCACAGCUAUCAAGAUUGAUCCUUACAUUAAUAUUGACGCAGGCACAUUCUCUCCUUAUGAGCAUGGGGAGGUAUUUGUGCUGGAUGAUGGUGGUGAAGUUGAUCUGGAUUUGGGAAACUAUGAACGCUUUCUGGACAUCCGGCUGACCAAAGACAACAACCUGACCACUGGGAAGAUUUAUCAGUCUGUUAUAACGAAAGAGAGGAGAGGAGAUUAUCUUGGCAAAACUGUGCAAGUGGUACCACACAUCACUGAUGCCAUUCAGGAGAGGGUUAUGCGGCAAGCCAAAGUGUCAGUGGAUGAUGAUGGGGUCGAGCCAGAAGUCUGUGUCAUAGAGUUAGGAGGCACCGUGGGAGACAUUGAAAGCAUGCCUUUCAUCGAAGCCUUCAGGCAGUUUCAGUUCAAGGUGAAGCGUGAGAACUUUUGCAACAUUCAUGUCAGUCUUGUUCCUCAGCCCAGUACUACAGGAGAGCAGAAGACUAAACCUACACAGAACAGUGUGCGAGAGCUCCGUGGUCUGGGCCUGUCACCUGAUCUGAUUGUUUGUCGUUGCGCUACACCACUAGACACAGCAGUGAAAGAGAAAAUCUCAAUGUUUUGUCAUGUCGAGCCAGAGCAGGUCAUCUGCAUACAUGAUGUGUCCUCCGUAUAUAGAGUUCCACUGCUCAUGGAGGAUCAGGGAGUGGUGGAUUUCUUUUGCACACGGCUGAACCUGCCUGUUGAGACGAAACCGCGCAUGAUGCUCACCAAGUGGAAAGAAAUGUCAGACAGAACUGACCGUCUUUUGGAAAGCACAUCAAUUGCCUUAGUUGGAAAAUACACCAAAUUUUCUGACUCCUAUGCAUCAGUGAUUAAGGCACUGGAACAUUCUGCCCUUGCAAUCAACUACAAGCUAGAGGUGAAAUUCAUAGACUCUGCAUAUCUGGAGCAGAGCACAGAGCAGGAAGAUCCAGUGAAGUAUCACGAGGCAUGGCAGAAGCUCUGCAGUGCCGAUGGCAUUUUGGUUCCAGGAGGCUUUGGGGUACGAGGCACUGAAGGAAAGAUUCAUGCUAUUAAUUGGGCAAGAAAAAAGAAAAAGCCUUUUUUAGGUGUUUGUCUGGGCAUGCAGCUCGCUGUGUGUGAAUUUGCCCGCAAUGUACUUGGCUGGAAAGAUGCCAACUCCACUGAAUUUGAUCCUGACACAAAGUACCCUGUGGUAAUUGAAAUGCCAGAACAUAAUCCAGGACAAAUGGGUGGCACCAUGAGGUUAGGAAAAAGGCGAACCAUCUUCACAAGCACCUCAAGUAUUCUCAGAACAUUAUAUGGAGAUGCCGAAUAUGUUGAUGAACGACACAGACAUCGUUUUGAGGUAAAUCCAGAACUAAAGCACCGCUUGGAGGAAAAAGGUCUCCGCUUUGUGGGCCAGGAUGAGGAGGGCAAACGAAUGGAAAUCAUUGAACUGGAAGAUCAUGCUUAUUUUGUGGGAGUGCAGUACCAUCCGGAGUUCACCUCCCGGCCCAUUAAGCCUUCACCACCCUACUUUGGUCUGCUUUUAGCAGCUGCAGGAAAACUACAGAGCUAUCUUCUCAAAGGGUGCAGACUUUCACCACGAGACACAUACAGUGACCACAGUGGCAGCAGUUCUCCCGAUUUAGAGCUCUCUGAAAUCAAAUUCCCAUCACUCUCAUAGAAUGGAUAUGCUCACUCACAAUGGACCAUAUGAAGGGAAGUUAAAUUUGGACCUGAAGACAAAUCCUGUCAUCAUGUCUAAGUUUUUUUUAUGUGUAGUGAUUCUUCUAUAGAUCAUUUAUAUGAGAAUGGAAGGGAUGUAUUGACUUUUAAAGUUGUCAAUAUUUUAAGCCAUUACUACAGCAGAACACAAAAUGAUUUAAUAUACUCAAAUACAACUUUUAAAUUACUAUUUAUAGAGUCUUUGGGAUCUAAAUAAUGUGCAUUUAUGUAUAUUAACAUAUUUUGCAUGUGAGGAACGAGGUUAUAGUUUGGAUUAUAAUUCAUGUUUCAUCUUUGCCAAAAGAGUACAUGAUUUUAUUGCUGUAAUAAACUGGAAUUAUGCCAAAUUUAUUAUUUAUUAUAUAAGUUAUACUGAUACUGUAUCUCUCAUAAGUGCAUCAUUUAAUGCUCAUUGUCCUCUCCACAAUUUUAAAGGAAUACUCUGUAUUCAGGUAAAAAACUGUAUAAUAUCAAAUGCUCACACAGGGAAAACGAAAGUAUUACGACAACAUGCGUUCUGCCUGUGCACAAAACAGGUGAUUCCACUAAUUAGUCUUAGCCUAUCUGGCUAAAGAGUUAUGCUAAUUAACUGAGAAACUAGUAAAAAAGUAUGCUAUGGUAUGUGGCUACGUGACAAUGGUAUUCCGCUUCUGGAGCUGUGGCCUGGCUCAUCUCCAGACCUAAAUACAAUAGAAAGCUGUUGGACAGUGGUGAAAAAGGCAGUAGCAAUCAAAAAAUCUCAUCUGUACAUUCAAGCAGGCAUAGACUGAUCAAGUGAGACCAAAGUUCUUUUUGACUUUAGGUCCUGCUGGAUCCAGCAGGUUUUGAAUAUUAAAAGGACUAUAUAUUUAAAUAGUGAUUGUUGUAUAACAAUUGUCAUUAUUAAAAAAUAAAUGAGAGCAUAAUUAAAUAAUUGAA